GAGCCGAGGGUCUCACACCAAGGCUCCACGGCCUGGUGCAGUCAGGAGGGUGGCCCCGUAUGCGGCUGCCAGAGGAAGCCGCAGCCGCCCAAGCCAUGCACCAGUUCCACAGUCCCAUGGCCCUGGGCACGCCACUCGAUGUUGAGGCCCCCUGAGACGCAGCCAUGGCCGCGGCCCGCCUCCAUUUGGCCCAGUGAGGCUUGCGCAGGCUGCGAACACUCGGCCCGCAGCCCCGCCUUAGCGCACAGCCCAUGCCACGCCUUCGAGUCGCUCACCCACUGCACUCGCGCCCAGGGCGCCACAGAUCUACGUCCCCUUGGGCCCUCGCACACCCGGGUCCUUGAUGAUGCCCGGCUGCAGGACGGUUCCCUUGUACUCUGGCCAGGAUUGUCCAAGGCGUCUCAUCACAUGGGCCGGCUGAGAAAAGCCAAGAUCUAUGUAGAGAAAGCUGUCAAGCAGAAGAAGAUCUUUAUGAUCCAAGGUCACUACCCAGUAAUCCGGUGCCUCUUGCGCCACAGGGGCUGGGUGGAGAAGAAGAUGGUCCGCUCCUCGGGCACCACCCUGCUGUCACCUCAGAAGGAUCUGGACAGCUCAGUAAUGGAUGAUAGCAACACCACUGAGGAUGAAGAUGAAGAUGAGGACGAGGUGUUCCAGACACCACAACUGUUCGACUUCAAUGACACACAGGAAUUUGAUGACCCAGAUGGGACACACGCUCUGAUGUCCCGCAUGGUUCGGAAUGAGAUCCCCUACUUCAUCUGGACCACGCGGCGGGAUGUGCUGGACUGUCGCUUCCUCUCUAAGGAUCAAAUGAUAAACCACUAUGCCCGGGCUGGCUCCUUUACCACAAAGGUGGGUCUAUGUCUCAAUCUCCGGAACUUGCCGUGGUUUGACGAGGCUGAUGCUGACUCCUUCUUUCCACGCUGCUACCGCCUGGGGGCUGAGGAUGACAAAAAGGCCUUCAUAGAGGACUUCUGGUUGACAGCUGCCCGCAACGUUCUGAAGCUGGUGGCAAAGUCCGAAUGGAAGUCAUAUUCUAUCCAGGCAGAAGAGGAAGAGGCCCCACAAGACCAGAAGCUCACAACACAGGAGCAAAAGCUGGAGAAGGUAUCCCCAGAGUUUGUGGAUGAGGCUCUGUGUGCCUGUGAGGAGCACCUUAACAACCUAGCCCACCUGGACAUUGACAGGGACUUGGAGGCCCCGCUGUACCUCAGCCCUGAGGGCUGGUCCCUCUUCCUCCAGCGCUACUACCGAGUGGUCCAUGAGGGGGCAGAACUCAUGCACCUCGAUGCUCAUGUCCAGCGCUGUGAGAACGUCCUGCAGCAGCUCCGGGCAGUGUUGCCCCAGAUGGACAUGGAAGGAGAUCGCAACAUCUGGAUCGUGAAGCCAGGAGCCAAGUCCCGUGGCCGAGGCAUCAUGUGCAUGGACCACCUGGAGGAGAUGCUGAAACUGGUGGAUGGCAACCCCAUGAUGAUGAAGGAAGGCAAGUGGGUGGUACAGAAGUAUAUCGAGCGGCCCCUACUCAUCUUUGGUACCAAGUUUGACCUGAGACAGUGGAUCCUGGUGACCGACUGGAACCCACUUACUGUGUGGUUCUAUCGCGACAGCUACAUCCGCUUUUCCACACAGCCCUUCACCCUGAAGAACCUGGACAACUCGGUGCACCUGUGCAACAACUCCAUCCAGAAGCACCUGGAGAAUUCAUGCCAUCGGCACCCACUGCUGCCCUCAGACAACAUGUGGUCAAGCCAGAAGUUCCAAGCCUACCUGCAGGACAUGGGGGCCCCGAAUGCUUGGUCCACUGUCAUCGUGCCUGGCAUGAAGGCUGCAGUGAUUCAUGCUUUGCAGACCUCCCAGGACACCGUGCAGUGUCGGAAGGCUAGCUUUGAGCUCUAUGGCGCUGACUUUGUGUUUGGUGAAGACUUCCAGCCCUGGCUGAUUGAGAUCAAUGCCAGCCCCACCAUGGCACCCUCCACAUCUGUCACCACCCAGUUGUGUGCUGGUGUGCAAGCUGACACCCUGCGUGUGGUCAUUGACUGGCGGCUGGACCGAAACUGUGACACCGGAGCCUUUGAGCUCAUCUACAAGCAGCCUGCUGUGGAGGUGCCCCAGUAUGUGGGUAUCCAGCUUCUAGUUGAGGGCUCCACCAUCAAGAAGCCCUUGGCAAUGUGUCACCGGCGGACAGGGCUCCACACAGCGCUUCCUCACCUGCUGACCCAGCGAGACUCUGGGGAAGGCAAGGACUCGGGGAUCUUUAUCCACAUGUCAGCUCCUAGGAAAGUUCCUGGGGACAGGAGCCUGGAGCACUCCAAGAAGCCAGACUUCACUGCCACCACAUCAACUGCUCAAAAGGGGAAGAAAGCCCCUUACCACUUCCCCAGCCUCCACACCAAGGCCCGGCUGCCUUCUCUCCAUGGGCUCCGACCUCAGGGCCCAGUCUUUGGACUGCAGCACAGCAAGCUGGUGGGCUCCAAGGCCCUGUUGACCACAGGCAAGGCCUUGAUGAUUCUACCUACCGCCAAGGUUUUGAUUUCCUUCCCACCUAAACCUGAGCUCAAGUGGGCACCCACCAUCCUGAAACCAAGAAAGCACCUUUGUGGUCCCCAUCCUGGAAGUGCCUUGUGGCCUUUACCCUCUGAAGUUAGAAAUCUUCCUAGUACACAUAGGAAGAUCAAGGCCAAAAGCGAGUUCAAGGCCAAACUCUGUGACAGACUCAAGGCUGAAGCAUGCCUCAUGAAGACACUGAGCCUUCCAGGAUCCCUGCCUCUAAUCAAUGCACACCAGGGAUUGGGGGGAAUGCAGGAUGUGAGGCUAGAGAAGCUCUUGCUUCAGGCCUCACUGCCCUCAUCCUGGGUGCAGCACCAAAUAAAAAGGAGCAAAUAAAGU